AUGUCCGAGUUCAUCGGUUCUCGCAUCUCCCUCAUCUCCAAGAGCGAUAUCCGCUAUGUGGGUACCCUCGUCGACAUCAACUCAGAAGCUUCCACCGUCUCAUUAGACAAUGUGUGCUCGUUUGGCACCGAGGGCCGCAAGGGCGGCAAGGACGAGUAUCCACCCUCGGACGUCAUCUACGAGCAGAUUGUCUUUCGUGGCAGCGACGUGAAGGAUUUGCGCAUCGAGGAGCCGGCAAAGGAGAAGGCCCCGCCGGCGAUGCCGCAAGACCCUGCAAUCAUUGGCCCAUCUGUACAACAGGUUCAACAAUCGCAGCCUCGUCAGGAUGGCCCGUCACAAGAUCAGCAACGUCAACAGCAACCGCCACAGAACUUUCCUCCCCAUGGGCAGUUUCCACCAGGUGGCUACCCUCCUUUUGGCGGCCCUGGUGGCCCGUACUCGAACAGAUUCGGCCCCCAAGGAUUUCCUGGCGGUCCUGGAUUCCCUGGGGGGCCACCUGGUGCUUUUGGUAUGCCGCCGCCUCCAUUUGGAGCACCUCCGGGCUGGUUCCCGCCAGGCCAAGGGUUUGCCCCUCCUCCAGGGCCCUUCUCGCCCAACAUGCCUGGAGGUCCACCUGGGUUGCACAACCAGAACCAACCGCCAUCGGGUCCUCGUGGCCCGGGCCCACAAGGCCAACAACCCGGUAAAGAGGAAAAGGCUGCGCCCGUGCAGCCAAAGAUUGCAGAGGCGGAUGGCGCAUCCAAGCCCGCAGAGCUCAAGGCUGGUAGCAAGGCUUCCAACAAGACGCCCGUAGCUGCCGCAAAGCAAGCGCCGCCACCUCCUAUUGAAUCGAAGCCUGACGUCGCCGCUGCUCUGGCACCACCUCAUCCUCAGCCUGCGGCAACACCAAAGGGCGGUGCCAAGAGCGGUCGUAUCGUACCAGCAGUUCCCAUGCCCAGCCCAAGGGCAACCAAGACUGCACCACACGCACAGCAAGCUGCUGCAGCACCUACAGCUCAAGCCCAAACAGCUGCUCCUCCCACUGCCGCCCAACAACAAAACGCCACGCAACUGGCGAACGCUGCUGUAGCCGAAGCCAUGGCGAAACUCAAUCUUCAAAACAAGGCCCAAGGCCAGCCUCAAGCUCAAGGCCAGAGCCAGACUCAAUCUACUGCCCCAGCGUCAGAUCCCCUCAACAAUCUCGCACAAAAGGUCGAGGGCAUGCGCGAACAGCAAAGCCGUCAGCACCGCGGCCGUGGCACUGGCGAGUCCCGCGGGCGGGGUGGCCGAGGCGGCCGAGGCGCUCACUCGCAACCUCAUCAUCCCAAGAUGGAAGUGCCCAAGACAGAUUUUGACUUUGCUGGUGCCAAUGCCAAAUUCAACAAGCAAGACUUGAUCAAGGAGGCUAUUGCUACUGGUUCGCCGCUUGGCGAUGCUCUCACGCCCACUGGACAAGACGCUGCAAAUGGCCAUGCAAACGGAGAAGGCAAGGAGGAGGUUGUCAUCCCUGUUGCUGCCAUGUACGACAAGGGGACCAGCUUCUUCGACAAUAUCUCGAGUGAACUCAGGGACAGAGAAGAAGCAGUCACUCGACGUGGCCAGGAGUUCCGGAGUGAGGAGCGAAAGAAGAAUUUUGAAACUUUUGGCGAAGGCAGCGUCGACAGUUACCGGGGUGGCUUUCGAGGUCGCGGCCGUGGCCGGGGCCGUGGACGUGGCUUUGGUGGCUACCGUGGUCGUGGUGCGCCUCGCGGACAGGGUGGUGCAGAGUUUGGAGCGCAGCCAGCCGCUUAG